AUACAAGUACAACAGCAACAACAGCGACAACAACAACAGCAGCAGCAGCAGCAACAGCAGCAGCAACACUCGCCCUACAAUGCCAACCUGGGAGCAACAGGCGGAAUUGUCGGCGGCCUUGUCGCUGGCGGCAACGGAGCUGGCAGCCUUACGUCUGCAGCAACAGGCAACGGACCCAACAACGUCAACAACAACAACAGCAACAACAAUAACAACAACAGCAACAACACAUCCGUUGAUGGAAUGCCCGCCAAACUCCAGCCAAGUGUCGAGCGCCUGCGCCGACGCAUUGAAACCUAUCGCCGCCGGCAGACGGACUGUGUGCCGCGGUACGAGCAAGCCUUCACCACAGUCUGCGAGCAACAGAAUCAGGAGACAAGUGCAUUACAAAAACGUUUUCUGGAGAGCAAGAACAAGCGUGCGGCCAAAAAGACUGAAAAGAAAUUGCCGGAGACGCAACAGCAGACCCAAACAAUGCUAGCCGGACAGCUGCAGAGCAGCGUACAUGUGCAACAAAAAAUCCUAAAACGAUCAGCGGAGGACGUUGACAAUGGCCCCGAUAAUCUGGAACCGCCGCACAAGUUUCCCAAUCUCAGUAACAAUAAUAAUAACAACAACAACAAUAACAAUAGCUCAAGUGGCGUUGGCGGCGGCUCGGAGAAUUUAACUAAAUUCUCUGUCGAAAUUGUGCAGCAACUGGAGUUCACCACAUCGGCGGCCAAUUCGCAGCCGCAGCAGAUUAGCACGAAUGUUACUGUAAAGGCGCUGACCAAUACCUCAGUGAAGAGUGAACCAGGCACAGAUCAGCAGCAGCAGCAGCAGCAACAGCAGCAACAUCAUCAACAGCAGCAGCAACACCAGCAACACCAACAGCACCAGCAGCAGCAGCAGCAGCAACAAGGCGGCGGACUGGGUGGCCUCGGCAAUAAUGGGCGUGGCGGCGGGGGUCCUGGUGUUGGCGGCGGCAUGCCCACAGGACCCGGCGUCGGCAUGCCAGGCAACAUGAUGUCCGCACAGCAAAAGUCGGCGCUUGGCAAUUUGGCCAACUUGGUGGAGUGCAAACGCGAGCCGGAUCAUGAUUUUCCCGAUUUGGGUGCGCUGGACAAGGACGGGCCCAAUGGACAGUUUCCGGGCUUUCCCGAUUUGCUGGAUGACGACAAUUCCGAGAACAAUGACACCUUCAAGGAUCUCAUCAACAAUCUGCAGGACUUUAAUCCCAGUUUUCUCGACGGCUUCGACGAGAAGCCGCUGAUGGACAUCAAGACCGAGGAUGGCAUCAAAGUGGAGCCGCCCAAUGCGCAGGAUCUGAUCAAUAGUUUGAACGUAAAGUCUGAGGGCGGCUUGGGUCAUGGCUUUGCCGGCUUUGGUGUGGGCAUGGGCCUGGAUGCGCAAGCAAUGAAAAUGCGUCAAGGUGUGGGCUAUCCCAAUGGCCAGAAUAAUGUGGGCGCAACUGCUCCAGGCGGCGGCGGUGGCGGCGGCAACAAUGGCGGACUUAUGUCCGAGCAUUCGCUGGCGGCGCAAACGCUAAAGCAAAUGGCGGAGCAGCAUCAGCAUAAGAGCGCUAUGGGCGGCAUGGGUGGCUUUCCACGCCCACCGCAUGGCAUGCAGCAG